AUCAAUUCAAAUUUUAAGUAGAUAGAUGAUUCACGUGGCUAUUAUAGAGAUAUAAGCUCAUAUAUUUUUUUUUAAUUAGUUAAAGACCAUUUCCGAACCUCAAACGUGUGUGACUUGAAGGAAAUUUAUAAAAAUUUUAUUUGUUUUACUCUACACGUGGAUACUAGGUGGGGGACAUGAUUGGAAAAGUUUAAAGAUUUAGCCAUAGAAUUGUGUGAGGACUUAGGUUCGGCUCAACUAAAACCUAUUUUCAUGGAAUAGUAUCAACUCUUUUGACCGAGUAAUAAGGUGGGAUUGAGGGGUUUAGUUAUUUAUUUAAAUACUUGUUAUGUGAAGCACGGUCAGUGUUGGAGUUAGUGGGUAAGAGACCUAGGCCUAUAAAUAGAGAGCUUUUGCUCACUUAUUCAUUUCACUCAAAUAGUCAAAUAGCUAUCCAGUAUAUCCUUCGACCAUUUUCCUCUACACUGAAGUGAUUUUAUUCUAUCUUUUAUAGCCAAACACUUGUUUCUCCAAGAGCCAAAUAGUCCUACACACCAAUAUAAUUACUAGAAGCUUUAAACAUCAACAACCUCUCUUAAACAUCACCAUUAUUCUCCCAUACAUUUAUUUCCUUCAUCAUAUCGGCAUCACCACUACCACUAUUUUCACAUUCAAAUUUUAGUGCUCUGCUAGUUUUUUUUUUUUGGGAAACUAAGGUAUCAUCUUAUAAUUUUACAUUUGUAGAUUCAAGGUUUAAAAUUUCAUAUAUAUAUGUAUAUACCAUUAUGAUAAAUCCUAAUUAAUAAGUAUGAAAUUUAGGUUUUUCGUAAGACAAUUAUUUCUCAAGAAUCACUCUCUUUGCAAUCAAGGCUAGAACUCCACAUUCGAGACCAAGGUAACUGAAAGUUUAGAAAGUCGGUGGCGAGUGGAACUUUGGAUGCUUGUGUGUGUGAACUCGCUGAGGGCCAUAUAACUGCGGGCGGUCUAGGGCGCUCUAUUUAUUUAUUUAUGUUAUUAAACUUAUGUCGCAAUUAUUUUAGUUAUUAAUUAUUAUGUCUUUUGUACGAAAACUGGCCAGUUGUGAACAUUUUCAAGUAUUAAAUAAAAAUGGGACAAUAUGAUUUUCCGCGUUUAACGCUUGUAAACAAAAUUAAUAUUUUUUAUAAAAGUACGGGCGUUACAGCAAUGAAGGCUUAUUCUGUGUUGCUCCCUUUGUUUUUUGAUCUCCUUGGAUUCUGGAAGAAUAGGUCACAUGCUCCUGAUUUAGGUUCUGACCCUACAACUCCUCUAAGAAUUGUGGAGAUUAGUGGUCUUCCGUCUCAGCAAAAAAAUGAUUGUGGAGCAUUUGUGGCUGCAUUUGUCGAGUUCUUCAUCCAUGAAAAAGAUGUUCCUGCAGAUUUUGACAUCGAAGUUUAUCGUACUCGACUUGCUGCCCUUUUCUUCUCAUAUGGCCAAAGGAAAAUUGAUGAAAGCAUUGAUAGCGACGAUGAGAAGCAAAGAAAGUCUUCUAAGGCUUCUAAAUUGAAAAAGUAGGGUCUUUUAAUUUAGUGACAAUUUGGUGUUAUUGGUUGAAUUUAUUAUCAGACAAUAGUUAGUGAUUUUAUGUUUCUAGCUAUUAUAUUUGGUUUUAUACUUUAGAUCUGGUUUUAAACUUUUAGGAUAUUUGACAUUAAUCCUUAUAAUAUGUUUAUUCUAUAUGUUUGUAUCAGCAGAAGUUUUAUGUUUUUCUAAUUGUUCAAGUUUUUAUAUACAGUCGCACAACUAUAUAGAAACUAUUUUACAUCUAUAUACAACAAUGUACACUGUUCAGCGUACUUGUAUUUUUUAAUUGCAUAUCAAUGUAUUUAUUCACUGUUUUUCCCUUUCUCCAUUUUCCUUUAUUAAUUAUGUUUUAUAAAUUCCUAUCUGACUUUUUUUAAAACUUUAAUAAAGAAGUUAUUUUCGUACUAAAUAUUUAAGAAGUGUCAAAACUGUCAUAAAACGAUUUUGCAACUAUUACUAAACUGUUUAAAAAUUUUCAAAAAUAAAAUCCCAUGUGUAUAGAAUAUAACAUAUCAACCUGUGUGAAUUCUCACACAGAAUUAAACAAUUCAAAUAAUUCAUCUGUAUCUAUUUUAUUGCUUGAUUGUUGCAUGUCUUUCGGC